CAUAAAAAUAAAACUCUCGCUUUACAGAUAAAAUCAUUCUAACAUUUAAGUGAAAAAGUAAUGGAGGUACAAGUUAUAGAAGUAACGAAAGGAAAUCUUGAGCCAUUAUGGAGUAAAAUCGUGAAAGAUGUGAAAAACUCCAUUUUUAUUGCACUAGAUACAGAAAUGAGCGGAUUAGGACCCCAAGCCCAGCUAAUGAAGUCUGACUUGGAGCAAAGGUAUCAAGGAAUUUCUGCAGCAGCGUCUUCCCGUUCUAUUAUCUCUCUUGGACUUGCUUGUUUUGAGCCAUAUUCUGGAAAAGAACCGCUGGCCUAUAAUGUAACUGUGUACAAUAUUAUCGUAUUAUGUUCUGACCCAUUCACCAUCGACCCUGGUGCAGUAAGUUUCCUUGUUAACCAUGGCUUUAAUUUUAACAAACAGUUCUGUAACGGCAUCAGUUAUUACAAAGGCAAUGAUCGGCCGAAAGAGAAAGACAAACUUACAAUGCGAUCUUUGUUUGCGGAAAUUAUUAAACUAAGAAAACCGCUUGUGUUGCACAAUGGGCUUGUGGACUUGGUGUUUUUGUACAACUCACUCUAUGCAGAGUUGCCAGGGACCUUAAACUCAUUCAUGGCAGAUGUGUGCGAGAUUUUCCCUGCUGGUAUAUACGACUGCAAAUAUAUAGCAGAGUUUUGUGAUCGUUUAACAGCAUCCUUUCUGCUUUAUGCGUUCAAAAAAACCCAGUGGAAAAAUGAGGCACUAGCGGCUGCUGGAAAAAUUUGUUUAAAAGUUCACUUUAAAAUGGAAAGUGAGUGGACCGUUACUGUGCCACUAAAUGUGGGUGGUAAUAAGGCAAUUAGUCACAAAAAUAUCAAAGGAGUUGAAAUAUGUGAGAAAUAUGCUGCAUAUGGUUGGUGUAGGAAUGGAAUUUUGUGUAAAAAGGUACACGAUAUUGACACUAUUGUACAGUUUCACAAGACUAGUAAGCAAAAACGUAAACGUAAACGAACAAAAAGCAGUUCAGAUACCAAAGACGUGCAAACACUUAUGGAACAAGAUGAAAUUAAACCAACUGAAGAAAAUGCAAACCCCAUUAAAAGGGCUGUCUUUGACAAUUCAACCAACACACAGGGUCAUAGGUCUAGUUUGGAUGCUUUUAUGACAGGAUACAUUUUUGCCACCUUUAUAGCUUCACAAUAUACACCAACACCCCUUAAUGAAAACUCAACUACAGAAAAGGAAAACGAUAAAAAAGAAAAAUUCACAUCAGAAAUUCAAUAUUUGUCAAGGGAAAACAAGACCAAAAUUGUCAACAAGUUGUAUUUAAGUGGUAAACCAAUACCGUUGCAAGUUACAAAGAGCAAGUAUUCAAAAACUUCAAAAAAUCACAAUGAAAAGCUAUUGAAAGUAUAUUUGUCAUGAUAUAUCUCAUGGUAUGCUUUGGCUUCUCAUUGAUACUGAUUUUAAAACGCAUAAGUACAUCAUACCUAUAAGCCAUUUAGUAUAUAAAUAUAUAUAUAUGCUAAAUCUACUUUGCCCCAAUAGUCUGUCAUCUGUUUGGUUUUAUAAAUCUACUUUUCUAUCUACUUGACUAGAAAUCACUAGGGUAUAAUACAUAACGAUGAAUCUACAGUACUAUUUGGAGACUACAACACAUUUUUUUCACUUUUAAGUUCUUGUUUGUAUUUUGCAUGUGAGUUUUAGCAAAUUUUGUCCUUUCUAUGUAUUGUUUGCUAAAAAAUCAAACAAGGAGAUCUUUUCUUUAAUCCGAAUCUAAUAAUAUUAUUAUGACUUCUCAUUUAAAAGUGAUAUUUAGUUUAUUAGUACUUAAACAUAUGAACUUGACCAUGUGAUGUUGAAUUUUAUGUUUUACUUAACUGGCCAUGUUUUUUCAUUUUUUUAG